UUCAUUUCCUACAUGAGGCACGUCCACCGAUCGGGGCCCAUCGUCUCCCACUGCAGCGCGGGCAUCGGCCGAUCGGGAACCCUCAUCUGUAUCGACGUGGUCCUGGGUCUCAUCAGUAAAGACGCCGAUUUUGACCUUUCAGAUGUGGUCAGGAACAUGAGGCUUCAGAGGCAAGGAAUGAUCCAGACAGAGGAGCAAUAUGUGUUCUGCUAUCAAGUGAUCCUGUACGUCCUCAGAUGCCUUCAAGCGGAGGAAAACAUCUCUGGAUAGUAGCCGUCGUAAAGAGACUGAGUCACACAGAUCAAAACAAAAGUGGAGAAGCGUUGACACCGGCAGAAAUUGCCAAAUUACAUUCCAUGUUUUUUUUAAAUGCCUUAAAAUAUCCAGUUCCUUGAGAGUACAUCCUUUUAAAGAAGUCUAUAUUUUUAUGUUUUCUUUUUGAGUGCUCUCUCCCUCUAUC